AUGGAACCGCUGGCCUGCGCGGUCACGGCCCACGGGCUGCGGCCGGUCCACGCCCGCCCACAGGUGCUGUUGCUGUUGGACGUCCCGCGGGUGCGGCCGCUGUUCGCUGCGGGCCCAGUAUCUCCCGGCGGAUCUGCUCCACGUCCAGCUUGUACGCGCACACGACGGCCGUCCACCGGUGCCUCGGCCGUGACCGUUUCCGUCGACGCCUCCGUGUUGCCUGACGUCGCCCGGUCAGCACUGCAUGAAUGGCCGCAGUCGUCGCGUGCGUCUAUCGGUACGAACAAGCCGCGGUACACCUUUCUUCAACCACCGACCGACCGAUUGACGCCGCUCGGUAACGUGGUCGUUGCGUUGGACCUGUACAAUAUUCGCGAUCGCGGUUGUGUUGUAGGGGCGGUAUGA